CAGCAACUCCGACCACCCGCCCACAGGCGGACACUGCCUCGGCUUCUAGGGAGCUUCUCCAACUCAAAGUUUACCGGACCACGUCUUGGUCACAACUCACAACCGUCCGUCUUUAUUUCACAUUUCUGUAGCAACUUUCCAUUUCCUCGACAUGUAUCUGUAAAGAUUCCUCACAAUACUAAUAUCAUAGAAACAAGUACAUAAAGAUCUCGCCGUCAUCUCAAGUCUCUUCAUUCUCAUUCUCAUUUACAUCCACCCAUCAUCAUCAUCAUCUAAGUGAAAUACCCCAGCAACAAUGGUCGGCCCUCCGCCCCUAAAGGGCAUCAAAGUCCUCGAAUUCGCCGGCCUCGCACCAGGUCCCUUUGCAGGCAUGCUCCUCUCCGACGCAGGCGCCUCGGUCCUCCGCGUCGACCGCGCCCUCGAGGGAAGCCGCACGCCCCUACCCACGGAAGACAUGCUAGCCCGCCACAAGGCCUCCGUCGCCGUGGACCUGAAAUCGCCCGCCGGCCUCGCCUUUGUCAAACGUCUCGCCGAAAAGGCCGACGUGCUCAUCGAUCCGUUCCGCCCCGGCGUGCUGGAGAAGCUGGGGCUGGGGCCCGAGGUGCUAGAGAAGGCGAAUCGGGGUCUGAUUUACGGCCGCAUGACGGGGUUCCGAAGGGACGGGCGGUAUAAAGAUAUGGCGGGGCAUGAUAUCAAUUACCUCGCCGUGUCUGGGGCGCUGAGCAUGCUCGGGAGGGAGGGGGAGAAGCCGCAUCCGCCGUGGAAUAUUUUGGCUGAUUUCGCGGGCGGGGGGCGGAAUGGUGGAAAGGGCCAGGUUGUGGAGGCGAAUAUGGUGGAUGGGUCGGCGUACCUCGCCACGUUCCCGCGGUUCGCGCUCAAGAACCCGCUGGGGGACAAUGGGCGCGGGAGGAACAUGCUCGAUGGAGGAUGUCCGUAUUACGACACGUACGAGACCAAGGACGGCAAGUACUUUGCGGUCGGGGCGCUGGAGCCGCAGUUCUUUGCGGCGUUCAUCAAGGGGCUCGGCUUGGCGGGUCAGGGGUGGGAGGAGGAGAGGUUCGAUCGGGAGAGGUGGGGGGAGCUGCGGGACUUAUUCACCAAGAUCUUCAAGAGUCAGACGAGGAGCGAGUGGGAGAAGGUGUUUGACGGGACGGACGCAUGUUGUACGCCCGUGUUGGAGUAUCACGAACUCGAGACGGAGGCGGCGAGGGAAGGGGACCAGAGGCCGGCGGUGACGUUGGAAGAGACGCCGUGUUUGGCUGUGGCGGAGGGCGAGGACGGGGAUCCGAGACGGGGCCAGGGGCCUGGUGUUGAGGGGGGAGGGUAUGUUGGCGUUCCGCUUACGCCUGGUGAUGGUGGUGAAAAGGCGCUUGAGGAGUGGCUUGGGUGGAAGAGGGGGAGAGAGUUUGAGGUUCGGGAGGGGACGUGGGUGCUUAAAGAGAAGUCAAGGCUGUGAAAGAAAGGGUCGAAGAUUGAUGUUGUGUAAGUAUGUCUAUAAUAGUUGGAGCAUCCGGUAAUCCAGCACGUCUCUAUCACGCUUCACCUUUCUGGUGUCGUUCAACACGACCUGCUUGCUACCUAAGACCUUGUUCUCUCCACGUGAGAUCUAGUCACCAUGCAUCUAGACACACCACGUUAGCAUUCUUAUCUUCCCGGUAUCAUAUAACAUUCCAUUAUA